AUGGAACAAAGCGGACGCCAGGCGUGGAUGGAGCGAUGGAGAUGCGUCGCCUGCAUGGUUAUCUUGGUGAUGUUUUGGAGCAAAGCUUCAGCACAGAUUAGAUAUUCCAUCUCCGAAGAGGUGAGAGAGGGAAGUGUUGUUGGAAACAUAGCGAAGGAUUUAGGAAUUGACAAGGCUACGCUUAAAGACAGAGAAUAUCGUAUUGUUGGCAGUUCAACUGAACCCCUUUUUCGUUUGAACAAUGACGACGGGAUCCUUUAUGUCAGCAGGAAGGUGGACAGGGAAGAGAUCUGUGAACGAAGCAACGCGUGUAUAAUCAACCUUAAAACCGUGCUAGAAAAUCCUCUGGAAAUCCACUAUGUGGUUAUAGAGGUGCUGGAUGUAAACGACCACUCCCCCGUUUUUCCAGAGAAAGAGAAGCGACUGGAAAUCUUUGAAUCGACAUUACCGGGAGCCAGGUUUCAGCUCCAACCUGCACGCGACCCCGACGGUGGUCAGUUUACUGUUCAGCAGUAUAAACUAAGCCACAAUGACCACUUUCGUUUGGAAGUCAAGGAGAGGGGAGAAGACCGUAAGAUGCCCUUUCUAAUUUUACAGAAGCAGUUAGACAGAGAGGCUAUGAGAGAACACAAGCUUCUGCUCACAGCUGUUGAUGGUGGGAAGCCGGCGAAGUCUGGAACAAUAGAAAUACUAAUCGAGGUGCUUGAUGUUAAUGAUAAUUCACCUGUUUUUACAAAAGAUAUGUAUUCGGCUGUUUUAAAUGAAAACGCUGCUCCUGGUACGUUAGUUAUUCAGGUUAAUGCAACUGAUUUGGAUGAGGGUGCAAACAGCGAAAUUAUUUACUCAUUUGGUAAGGAGGUAGAUACACAUUUGCAAAAACUAUUUAAUAUCGACACAACGACGGGCGAAAUUAUAGUGACGGGUUUAAUCGAUUUUGAAGAAAAUGAAAGCUAUGAAAUUGAUAUACAAGCUUCGGAUAAGGGCACGAUCCCCAUUUCCACAUACAAAACUGUGAUAGUAAAAGUAAUCGACCUUAAUGAUAAUCCUCCAGAAAUUGAAGUUACAUCAUUCUCCAAAUCAGUUCCCGAAGAUUCUAGAAUUGGAACAACAGUAGCUUUGAUAAGCGUCAAUGAUUUGGAUUCAGGCCCAAAUGGAAAGGUUUCCUGCCUUCUGCGCGAGGACGUUCCUUUCGCUAUAUCCCCAUCUUUGCAAGACAAUAUGUACGCAAUAGUGACUAAAUCACUACUAGACAGAGAAGAAAAGUAUUCUUACGAACUUACAAUUGUUGCAAAGGACACUGGUGACCCAUCACUGUCAUCUGAAAAGACAAUAAGCGUUGCUGUGUCAGAUGUGAAUGAUAACAGACCACAAUUUUCACUGAGCCCAUAUACAUUCUAUAUCAGUGAAAAUAACGACUUAGUAGCACCUGUAUUUUCAGUUAGGGCAUCUGACCUUGAUGAAAGUGAUAAUGCGCAUAUUUCAUAUCACAUCCCGAGGGACAGCAGUGCAGAUAAUUUGGGUCUGUUUUUAAACAUCAACUCUGAAACUGGAGAUAUUUCCGCACUGAAAAGUUUCGACUUUGAAACUCUGAAAACUUUCCAGUUCCAAGUUGUCGCCACAGAUUCUGGAACUCCGUCACUAAGCAACAACGUCACAGUGAACGUGUUCAUUCUGGAUCAGAACGACAACACUCCAGUCAUCCUGUAUCCAGUCAGCUCCAACGGUUCUGCU